UCAUUCACGAAUGUUCAGGUAACUAACUCAACCAACGAAUCAAAAGGAAUGCGUUUGAGUGCAUUAUGUUCAUUUCGAUGCAGUCAGCAGUUACGUCGUGUGGUUGAUGGCAAGUGGACAACAACACAUUACAUAAAGCAUAAACGUGAGAAUGAUCCGAGAUGGAAGGGUAUCGAUAUGACACGUGUAUCGGAUGAUUAUGAUGUCGCGAUUGUGGGCGGUGGACCUGCGGGCAUGUCUGCCGCCAUACGUUUACAGCAGUUAGCACAAAAAAAUAGUAAAGAGAUACGGGUAUGUGUCGUUGAAAAAGCACCCGAAAUAGGUGCACACAUCCUGUCCGGAGCUGUGAUCGAUCCACGUGGCAUGGACGAUCUCUUUCCGGAUUGGAAGACCAUGAAUAGUCCGGUUUAUCAAGAAGUCACGGUAAGGUUUCAACUGAUCACAUGCCGCUCGAUUUUCAUUCCCAUCAAUGACGCGAUAACUUUUCAUCCGUCGAAAACUUACAGACUUGGUCAUCUAACGAAAUGGCUCGGUGAAAAAGCCGAAGAAAUGGGUGUAGAAGUAUAUCCGGGAUAUGCUGGGCAAGAGGUGCUUUAUAAUGAAGACGGCAGUGUUGCGGGUAUUGCCACAAACGAUGUCGGUAUAGCCAAAGAUGGAUCACCGAAGGUUUGUGUGCCGCUUUAUAACGAACAGCCAUUGGUGGCCGUUGGCUUCGUUGUUGCACUCGACUACAAAGACCCUUACCUUAAUCCUUAUCAGGAAUUCCAACGUUACAAAUUGCAUCCAUCGAUUCGAAAAUAUUUGGAAGGUGGCACACGAAUCGGAUACGGUGCACGAGCGUUGAACGAAGGGGGAUAUCAAACAAUCCCUGAUAAGUUAGCAUUCCCGGGUGGUUGUCUUAUCGGGUGUGCGGCCGGUCUGUUGAAUGUGGCUAAGUUGAAAGGUGUUCAUAGUGCGAUGAAAAGUGGCAUUCUUGCUGCUGAUGCGAUAUUCAGUCAGCUUGGCACAGAUUCUAAAGUAAUCGACCCUGAGGCAUAUGAUAAAGACCUUCGAGAGAGUUAUGUGAUAAAGGAAAUGAAAAAGACACGUAAUAUACGACCAUCAUUCAACACCAGAUUGGGCUGGAUUGGUGGUAUGGCCUACACGGGGACAUUCUUCGUUGUGGGACGUGGCGUUGAGCCGUGGACAUUGUCGCAUGGCAAGCCAGAUCAUGAGAAGCUAGAACCCGCUGAGAAGCACAAACCGAUUGAAUAUCCUAAAGCUGAUGGUGAAAUAACGUUCGAUCUUCUUAGUUCGGUUUCGUUGACCGGAACAAAUCACGAAGAGAAUCAACCGUGUCAUUUAACACUUAAAGAUGAUGAUGUACCCGAAUCUAUUAAUCUUCCUAAAUUCGCUGGUCCCGAAUCGAGGUUCUGUCCUGCUGGAGUGUAUGAAUAUGUGAACAGAGAGACGAAUCCAAGCGAGAAACGAUUACAAAUCAACGCACAAAAUUGUAUUCAUUGUAAAACUUGUGAUAUCAAAGAUCCGACACAGAAUAUCAUUUGGGUGGCGCCUGAAGGAGGUGGCGGUCCAAAAUAUGACGGAAUGUAA